AGUUAAGGAAUGCGCGAAGGAGCGAAAUUUUAAUACAUGGGCACACUACAUCUUGCCCUCAUCACUCUGUCAAGUUUGCGCAGGUUCCCUGCGCCGCGUGCAUUUCGAAUAAAAGUUAGGGGGCCUGUGGUGCACCAGCGCAGCCCGCGCAGCUCCGCCGCCCUCCGCCCUCCUAUCAGAAAGCGGCCGCGGACUCGGCGGUGUCAGGCCUCGUCGCUCCUCGAGCAGGGCAGUUUAGGUAGCGUUCGGCGGCAGGCUGAGGCUCUCGGCACCCAGACGUUCGCUUCUUCGGCAAAUCCCGAGUGUGUGGAGACAGUUGCGUCAACUGCAACGCGUCAGUGCGCGCGCGCACUAAGGUGGCGCGUAGAAAAGCGCCCGAAUAGUUGAUAUCCGUUUAUUAUCAUAAUUUAUAAGGCGGGGGUUGGCAUGCGCCACCGAGGCACUACUUUUCAAUUGGGCGGCUAGCGCAACGUUCGUUUUGGCAGGCGCCUCAUCAGCGGCAAUUAACAUCCAAGGAUGCUUGGCCAUGGGUGCCCGUGGGCGGCAGGCGUGAGGGCGUGCCCAUGGCCGAGGAGCAGCCGGGCGCCCCCUGCGGGGUGCCCCGGGCGGCCCCCGCUGCCGCCCCCGUGAGCGGCAUGGCCGCCGGACCGCCCCACGUGCUCAUGGCGGUGCAGGCGGCGCCCCCCCCACUGCAGGACGACGCCAAGGCUGCCGCCAGCACUGCAGCGGCCAACGGGGUGCAGCUGAUGAAGGCCGGGGCUGGCGGCGGCAUGGCCACCCUGGUGAGCCCCGGCCAGUCCCUGGGCCCCCUGCAGCAGGCCGGCUUGGUGGGCUUUGCGGGGCUGCAGCCCAUGGCAGCCCUCAACUUGCUGGGUCAGUUGGGGCCGGGCACGCAGCUGGUGCAGGCCGGGCAGGGCCCCUCCUUUGUCCAGAACCAGGGGGGGCCCCUGGGACUGCUGGUCACCUCCAGAGGAACUCACGCGCAGCUGGUGAACGCGCCCCAUGGGCUGGGAGCCACGGCCCAGGUGAACUCUGCCUCGCAGCAGAUCUUCCUUGCCACCUCGGGACAGGCCCAGCAGCAGGGGACACCCAUCCUCCUCAACUCUGCCGCAGGUGGUGGUGGCCAGGUGUUAGGGCUUCCCCUGGCGGCGGGCAGCACCAACCAGGUGGUGCAGGUGGUGGCAGCCAACGGCGCUAUCCUCACCACCACCCUGGCCAAUUUGCCUGCACUCUCGCAGCAGCUCUCUCUGGCCGCGGCACUUGCUCCUGCCUCUCAACAGCAACAGCAACAUCAGCCACAGCAACACCAACAUCAGCAGCAACACCAACAUCAGCAGCAGCAACAACAGCAUCAUCAGCAGCAGCAGCAGCAGUUGCUACAGGCCCAGUUCCAGCCGCAGUUGCAGCUGCAGCAUCAACACAAUGGUCACGUGAGCACGGCCCUGACGGCGCAGCAGCUGUUUGCGGGCAACUACGCCACCCUGGCAGGCAACCAGCUGGCGUCCAUGCCCCAGCUGUACGCCAACAUCAACGGGCAGCUGGUCGCUGUGUCCUCACAGAUCAUAGCCCAACCCCUGAUACAGGCAGGAGCCCAGCCAACAGCAGGUAUGGUCCAGGUGGUCCAGCAUCACAGUCAGCACCCUCAGCUCCAGCAUCAGAUGCAGCCACACAGCCAGGUUCAACAGCAGCAGCAAUUGCAGCUGCAGUCCAAUUUGGCAUCUGUCUCCAUGCUGAGCCAACCACAGACUCAGUCUCACCUUCAACACCUGCAGCAACUGCAGCAGUUUCAACAACUGCAGCAGCUCCAGCAGCAGCAACUUCAACAGCAGUUGCAGCGACAACAGCAGCAGCACCAGCAACAACAACAACAACAACAACAGCAGCAGCAGCAGCAACAACAGCAACAACAACAACAACAGCAACAGCAGCAGCAGCAGCAGCAGCACCAGCAGCAGCAACAGCAGCACCAGCAGCAGCAACAGCAGCAGCAGCAACAACAGCAGCAACAACAGCAGCAGCUAGAGCAGCAGCGUGAACAACACGAGGACGAACAAGAAGAGCAAGAGCAGCAGGAGCAACACGAGCAGCAGGAACAACACGAGGAGGGGCAGGAGGAGGCUCCAAAGGAGGCAGAAGAGGAGGAGGAAGAGGGGCAAGAGGAGGACGAAGAGUAUGCCCCAGAGGCCGUGGACGAAGGGUCGUUGCCCCCCUACACCGUGCAGUCACCCAGGGAUGAGGACUCGAACAUCUUGGGCCUCGGGGGUGCGGAAGAGCUGCAGCCCCUGGACGAGGAAGAGGAGCAGCUGCCCCCCCACUUCCUCAUGGCCAUGCCGAUCGCCUGCAAGGAACCCCUGCACCAGUUGCAGGCUGCACAGCUGUCGCUGUCCCAGUGCAAGGUGGACACCGUGUCGGCCCCGACCCAGACGGGGCAGCUGGCGGUCAGGGGGCUGUUGGCGCCCUCUCCCCCCAGACCUCCCAAAGAUCUGGUGAUGGCGGCGGAGCCUGGUGCGCAGACGAGCGGUCCCACGUCACCCGUGACCAUCAGCCACACGGAUGCCAACAUAGUGGACGGCAUCAACCUGGAGGAGAUCAAGAACUUUGCCAAAGCCUUCAAGCUGCGCCGCCUUUCCCUGGGGCUCACCCAGACCCAGGUGGGGCUGGCCCUCAGCUCCAGCGAAGGGCCCUCCUACAGCCAGAGCGCCAUCUGCCGGUUCGAGAAGCUAGACAUCACGCCCAAGAGCGCCCAGAAGAUCAAGCCUGUGCUGGAGCGCUGGAUGCGGGAGGCCGAGGAGCGCUAUCGCAACGGCGAGCGCUGCGCCUCUGACCUGGUGGGCAUCGAGCCAAGCAAGAAGCGCAAGCAGCGCACCUCCUUCACUCCGGCCGCCCUGGAGGUGCUUAACCGCUUCUUCGAGACCAGCAGGCACCCCUCGGGCACGGAGAUGACGGAGCUCGCGGAGGAGCUCAACUACGACCGCGAGGUGGUGCGCGUGUGGUUCUGCAACAAGAGGCAGGCCUUCAAGACCUACAUGAAGAAGCUAAGGGUGGGCGACAGCAGCGGCAGCGACGCGGCCCCGGGCAGCGGAGCCGCCACGGGCAGCGACAACUCCAACACAACGUGACCACGCUGCCGGGGGCCGCACCCAGGGGUGGCCGGUGCGACACCCCACCGACCCAGACACCGGGCCAGCUCGGCGGUCCCGUGGCAAGAGACGGCAGUUCGUCCACGGCUACUGCAGCCGCGGUCGUGCAGACGCUCCAUUAAGAAUGGUGCGGGACUCUUUGUGCCCACGUGCGACGCUCUUUGAAACUGUGGAGUGACAUUUUGGGCGAGGGCAACUGUCGUCGAAGCAAAAUCUCGUACGCUCUCUCGAGCAUCGAAUGCCUCCUGCCACUGGUUGAAACUGCGUACACCACGAGGGGAGUCGCUGUUGGGGUUUAAACCAACCUUGUGAUACGCUCUUUCGGCUGUGCGCAGCUGGAGCCAAGGUGCCUUUCCUUCGUCGUCGAUGCAGACAUAUCCGAUGGCCCAGGUGGCUGUUGUCCACCAGCGUGGCGGGGCGUGCCAAGACUAUCUCCGUCGAGGGCACAAUUUUCCGAACCCCAAACAAAUGGGCAAUUCUCGGUGGACUUUUUUUCCUCUUUAGAAUUCGCCAAGUCUUCGUUUCUCGUCGAAAUCUCUGUCUAAAAUACUCGCACCUUUGUUGUAAAUUAUCUUUGUAGCUGUUGCUUUGAACGAGGCUGGCACCGCAGUUACUUUUUAAAUCGUGCCACCCCAGAAAUUGCGUUACAUUUACUUUGUGCCUUUUGGACAGUGUACGGGCACUUCUCCUCGAGUCAGCUUCCUUUUUAUUUUACAAUUCAAGGUUGAAAAAUGGGCAAGGUCACUGCAUAUUCUCCGGGCCGUGCUUUCUAGCAUGGCCGGGUUGAAUUACCAAACUCUGGAGACUGCGAGGCAACCAUGCUAGUGGUGGGAAACAAGUGCGAGCAUGGUCCGUGCGUGCUUUCUUCCGAGAGGUAUCUAAUAUCAGUGUUGUAAGGAAGCAUCGCAGCGUGAUCCGGAGAGCAACUUGGAGAGUAUGCAGUGGCCCCAACUCGAGCGGAGGACAUUUCUACUUGAAACGAGUAUCUUGAGUUGCACUUUUUCCCACGGCAGUUUGAGAAUUUUGGAGGCCAGUGCGAGUAUUAAGAACCACAAGAAAGCAUGGUCACUUAUUUCUAAGGUUCAGUUUGUACAAAAAGGCUAUAUUUAUUGACUAGCACCAGAUUUUUCCUGUUAAAAAGGGAAUGCCAACAAUGACUUAUGAAGCCACUGCAGAGUACCGAGCAAGCGCCAUGAUUAAAAGAUAUGUGAAAAUAUAGCAUACCUAGAUGACGCAAAAAGCGACAAAAUAAACGUUCCCUUACAAUGAGGGGCGGAAACUUGCAUUCAACGGCAGUCUCGUUGGAGGUUCUUUUGCGCAGGGGAGUUUAGCGUGCUUGAGACGUGCCAAUGAAGAGAGUGAUCUCGAAGGGGAGGGGGGGGGGGGGAUUGGGGAGAGAUUCAGAAACCCACUCAAAGUAGCAAACUCCCAUCUCAUUCCCAGGGCGCUGUACAUGCAGAAAAUAAAGCACAGCCAAGAGAUUUGGCACGCAA